AUGUAGCAUCUUGGAUUUAAUUCUUAAAAUCCGAAGGACAUUAAUAUCUAAAAAUUAUAAUCGUGGAUACUAAAAAAGAUCUCCAAAGUUCAAUAUACAUAAGAAUAAUUUAAAUAAACAUCUAAUUUCUGGAAAGUAAAUUUUUAAGAUGAAUUUCCAAUUAUUUUAACUUCCUCAAACUAUGAUUUUAAUGUAGAAUAAUAAUAAUAAUACUUUACGAGUUUUAAUAUAAGUACCUCCUACUUAUUAAAGAGUUAACAGUUAUCAAAUCAUAAAAUAGAAGCAAUAAUUUCAAAUACAACUACUCUCAUAAAAAGGUAUAUCAAUUAUAAUCAGACUAAAACUACUCAACAAAGUUGUUGUUGA